GUGGUAGUGUUGUGGUAGACGCCAUUGUUGUCCCACCAUGGCGGCGCUGGCUGCUCUAAGAGGGCUCUCUAGGAACUGCAUCAGUGGAAGCCGCUUUGGUUCACUGCGGUUAAAUGGGCUGUACCGCGUUCCUACGCGUAUAACUGCACAAGCAACACAAGUGGGCUCGCAAGCCCUUGUUCCAUAUCAGGCAAAGCCCUUCAGUGUGUCACCUGUUACGAAAGGUCCCCCUGAGAUUGAGCAAGCAGGUCAUGACCAUGUUAUGCACUGGACUGCCGAGCGAAUCCUUGCAGUGGUGCUCCUGGGAACCAUCCCAGCGGCAGUGAUCUUCCCAACACCAGCUGUAGAGUACUUUCUUGCUCUUUCAUUGACAGUUCAUUCAUAUUGGGGCAUUGAGGCAAUUGUUGUAGACUAUAUUCACCCUAGCAGCUUUGGUAAAAUUAUUCCCAAACUUGCACUAGGUGCUGUAUCUGCUCUGUCUUUCCUUACCCUGGGUGGCCUUUGCUACUUCAUUUACACAGAUGUAGGCAUUAUCAAUGCUGUUAAGCUGCUUUGGAAAUUGUAGGGUUAAAAGACAUGUUUAUAAAUUGAUUUUAACUUGUUAAUCAAAAGCAGGUACAGUACUAUGUAUGUGUAUAUGUAUAUAUAUGUGUGUAUCAGAUAAUGCAGUAUUUUAUAUUAAAAAGCUGAUCUUUUUUCAUUUCCAAGUCACUUUGUGUAGUAAUAUUCUGCAUAUCCUGAAACAGAAAUCUAAUAAAUAUUACAUACAGAGAUAUACUUUUGGUCAUUCACAGCACUUUUAAAGAGAUACAUUAGCAAGGCUCACAUUAGAUGUACAAACGUGAGGCUUAAUCUAUAGUAUUAAAGGUGCCACGUGUCAUAAUGAUAGUAGGCAUAUGAAAUACAAAACUAGAUUUGCAGCACUGUAUGGUUUAAAUUUAUCUUUACAAAGGGAAAAAUGCAACCAGAUUGUAUUGUUGAAAAUUUUUGUAUACCUUGACUUGAUUUGCACAAGAUUCGACAUGUGCAAACUUGAUUUCAAGGUCAAAGUUCUGAGUGUUCAAUGCUGAAUUUGGUUGUGUGUGAAUUGGGUGGUCAUGCAGGAGGGAUCGUUCGGCCGUAUGCAAGUUAUCGCGGGCGCCCGAGCUGUUUUGGUGCGCGAUGCUUCUUGCCGCUCUCGUUUUUCCCCUUGCAUUUUCCCCUCACUUCUCGGUUAUAUUCUGCAUUCGAGCCACUUUUUUUUUUUUUUUUUACUCAUCACAAAGGUCAAGUAUUUUCACUUUUGGGUUACAUUACUGCAUGAUGGUUCCUCUUAAGCUUCCAGCAGCUGAUUUUAUGCAAAUUUAUUAAUCAUAAAUGGGAACAGGAGUAUUUUGAGCAGAAAAGUAAGGGAAAAGUGAAAUUUUUAAGUGUCUGGAAUCCAUUCUAUUUUUCCAGCAUACUGUACUGUAAUUACGCUCACCAUGUUCAAAUUGUCUCUGCGCAAGGAUUUCCAGGAACGUAACCCUCGUGCAGAUUGAGGGUCGACAGUAUUAUCAUCAUCAUAUGGAGCAGAUUAGCAGUCUAGUAGUAAUAUACGGUACUGUCAUUAAUUAUAUUUUUGUGAUAUUCCUUAAUUCAGUGUGUGAAAUUUAUUUAUAGAUUGUUCUGGAGGUAGCCUUUAGAGGGAUAAUAAAAUGUACCGGUUUAAUGUGUACAUUUUAUAAAUCAUUAAGCGAGUUUGUGUAUAAUAAAGUAUAAACUUUA